AACAAGCUCAAUUCCAUUACCCAACACUCUGGCUUAGAAGCUAAUUCAUUCUAAUUCAUCCUUCAAGAGUGAAGUCUUAUUUUUACGCUCGAAAGCGGGACUGCAAAUCCUCAUUAACCGCUUUGAAUUGCAGUCAAAAUCUGGAAAUCCUGUCCGUGUUUUGGUUGGUAUUCAAGACGCCAUGUUUUGCUUGCUAGUUCUCAUGUGUUUUGGCGAUAAGCUUGAUCAGAAACAGAUUGAAGAAGUCGAGAGAGUUGAGCGAGCUAUGCUUUUGAAUAGUUGCAGAUUCAAUUUACUCAAUUUCUGGCCAAGGUUGUCCAAAAUCGUGUUCCCCAAAUGCUGGUCACAGUUUUUGCAUCUCCGGAAGGAUGGAGAAGACGUCUUAAUUCCAUUAAUUAGAGCAAGAAUGAAGGUGAAGGAAGAGAAAUUGAGCAAAUCCAACAACGGAGAUGACGACUAUAUCUUAUCAUAUGUUGAUACACUUCUAGAUCUUCAACUCCCCCAUGAGAAAAGGAAGCUCAGCGAAGAUGAAAUUGUUACUUUAUGCAACGAAUUUCUUAACGCCGGCAUAGACACUACCUCCACGGCCUUGCACUGGAUCAUGGCGAAUCUGGUUAAGUACCCACAAAUUCAAGAGAAGCUUUUCGUGGAAAUCAAAGGAAUUAUUGGGGAGGCAGCAGAAGAGAUAAAGGAAGAAGAAGUGAAACAGAUGGCUUAUCUGAUAGCUGUAGUUUUAGAAGGGCUAAGGCGACAGCCACCAGGGCAUUUUGUGCUGCCACAUUCAGUGACUGAUGAUGCAAAAUUGGGUAACUAUUUAUUGCCCAAAAAUGGGACUAUAAAUUUCAUGGUAGCAGAGAUGGGUUGGGAUCCAAAGGUGUGGGAAGAUCCCAUGGCGUUCAAGCCAGAGAGGUUCAUGGGGAGUGAAGAAGUGUUUGAUAUAACAGGAAGCAGGGAGAUUAAGAUGAUGCCAUUUGGAGUUGGAAGGAGGAUGUGCCCUGGCUAUGGCUUUGCAAUGCUUAAUCUGGAGUAUUUUGUAGCUAAUUUAGUUUGGAAAUUUGAGCGGAUGGAGAUGAUGUUGACUUGUCUGAGGAGGAGUUCACAGUGGUGAUGAAGAAUCCAUUGCAGGCCAUCUUAUCUCCCAGGUUCAAAAACAUAGGCUGAAAUAGUGUUAGCAUUAGUAGCCAGCCCAUCAAUGGCCAACUUGUGGUGUAAUUGCUUAAUAAAUUUUAAUGUUAAUUCUUUUUA